AUGUAUGAAAAAAUAAAACGAAUCAAAGAAAUUUUUAACAAAGAAGGAGGUUAAUAAGAAAUAGAAGUUACUGGAAAGGGCAUUUUCUAUAAACCGGAAAAGGAAGUUAAUAAAUACACAUUACAUUUUAGGAAUGUCAAAAUAGAAAAAGAGUAUUUUUAGCUUAAUAGGAUACAUUACAUUUACUAAGCAAAUAUAACAUUAGCUAUGCAUAUGAUUAUUGUAUCGUCUGAUUUAAUUACAUUUAUUACAUCUUAUUCUUUUCAAAGCGAGCAAAAAAGCAUAAUCGUAAUGGUCAUUCUCAUCUUAAUGGAUCUUUUCUUUAUAAUACUAAUAAACUUGAAAAAGCGGUAUAUUAAUUGGAUUUACUUUACUUUUCAGAUAUUUUAUAUUACGAUUACUGCCUAUGAAAUAUAUGAUCAAACGUUAGAUAAUUUAGAAAAGGAGACAAAUAACCCCUUUCUCAGAGGAUUUACAGUUUCCAAUUUUAUCAUACUAGGUAUUCAAGGAUCAAAUUUAAUUUUAAAGUCUAUUAGUUUCUCAUACUCCAUAAUUAUUUUCUUUCUCUCAGUCUACUUGAAAUAAUAAAUUUAAUACAGUAUUUUAAUCAGAUUUCUUUUGGCUAUUAUUCUGUAUAUUUAUACAGUUUAUUCUAAUGAUAAGUUUUACAGAUUCUCAUUUCUCACUUAAAAAUAAAUUGAUCAGUAUAAUAAAAUGAUGAAUAACUAAGCUCCAUACUGCUUAAUGUCAGCUAGGUUCAACUAAAAGCUUGAUAAAAUAGAAUUGAUAGAGUGCAAUACAAGGGCAACCGAAGAGUUUUAAAUUAAAGCUGAAAGCGAUUUUGAAAAUUUCAUCAGCUAGAUUUUUAUCAGGAAAAAAAAUAAGCCGAAUUUCAUGGUUUCUAAUAAUCAAAUUGAGGAACAGAGUAAUUAUCAAAAUUCUUUGAAGGGACAAAUAAAAUCAAUGAUUUAAAAAGAAAUUUAUAAAUAAAAGUAGGACAAAGCAGAAAUGAAAAAAUUUUAAAAGUAAAUGAGCACUAAGAGUAAAAAAUAAAAAAGCAGAUAACAACAAAAAUAAAAAAAUGAUAAAGAUAUUAAUGAAAUAGCUGAUGAAAUGAAGCUUGACUCAAACACCUACGGAAUAGAAAAAAAUUAUGAUUCCAGUGUUAAAAAACUAAAGUUGUUUCACUUCGAUAAAGAAUUAAAUUAAGAAAAUAUCCUUAAGGCCAAGCUAAGUUUGUUUAAAUGGCAUUAAUAUUAUGUUAUAAUUACGAUUGAAAAGAAAAAGCAUCAUAACUAACCAGAAUAAAAAAGUAAAGCGCACACUAUACAUUCAGUAACUAUGAAGGAAAAAAGUAAUUCUCUUUCUGGAAAUUACAAUAAUCAGAAUAUAUUAUAAAAGUAAUAUUAAUUCCAUAAUACUAAAAUAAAUAACCAACCUGUUUCAGCUCUACUUCCUCCCACUACAUAAAUGGGAAGCUUUAAUAAUAUUUCUACUAGCAAUAAUCUAUAUACUAUUACUAACGGGUUAAUAAAUUAGCAGUCCUUUAAUUAAAACACAAAUAUGAGUGUAAAUGUGCCAAAUAUACCUAUAAUUAAGCUACUUUAGCACUCAGAAAAUACAAAUAACUAUAAUUCAUCACUUUAAACGUCUACUGCGACUCCUGUUAUUUUAAAUUAAUUAAGCUGUUUUAAUAGUAAUAAUAUUUCAAAUCUAAACAACGAUCCUUUGAGAAAAGACUGGCUAAUUGAAGUAUUUCAAGAAACCAUCAAGGUUAUUCUUCAAAAGCUGGAAUAAUUUAAACAAAAAUUUGAUACAAAGAAAUUCGCUUAGCUCAAUAUUGAUCCAUCAUCAUAUUUUCGGAGCUUUGCUUCAGAAAUAUAGCUAUAAAAUGCCAAUCUCUUGAAGCUAAUGAAAAUCAGAAGCCAAAAAUAACAAAUGGUGAUUAAAAAAAUCCAACUUUCUGAAUUAAGCGCUGCAAUAAAAUAGCAUUUCGAGCCUUUGUUUAGAGAAAGUUAGAUUAAAUUAUUCAUAGAUUAAGAAAAAGAAGAUUACAUAUCCACAGAUUAGAAUUUUCUUUAGUAAAUUCUAGUAAAUAUCAUCACGUACUGCUAUAAACUAUUAUAGUAAUAAUCUUAUAACUCUUUACAAAGUAAAUAGUAAUCAUAGUAUGUAGCUAUAAAAUACAAUAAAAUCCAUCAAAAUUAAACUAUAAAAAUUCAAAUACAAAUGCCUUUUGUAUAAAAUCAUAAAUUAGAUUUAAUUUAAUUUUAAGACAUAUCUCUGGAAGGAAUGAAAUAAGAUAAAAUAAACCAUAAACAACUGUUCUUAGAUCUCAAACUAUCUAACUAAUUAUUGGCUAUCCUAAAUAAAUAAAAAAUCUAACAAUUAAACAAUGAAUAAAUUAAACGACACUAGAUCGAAAGUAAUUUUAUGACAUAAAACUUAUCUCCAAAAGAACAUCAAGAUAUUACUCCAAAAAUGUUUCAAAUCGACAUCAACGAAAGGCAUAACAGCAUAAAAGGUUCUGAAUAUACUUUUUAGUAAUUAAACAACACUUAAUAAUCAUUCUAAAACCCUAUAAUGUCUCCAGUAAAUAGUUUUUAAAAAGGUGGAAACACAAUACUUAGCCCAAUAUUAAGUAGUCAUCACUCAUUUUACAACACUCCAUCAGCCUCAAUGAUCGGAAAUACUAGCUAUAAUACUUCGCCUAAAAAAUAUAACUUACAAGAAAAGAAAAUAUUUAAUGAAGGCGGACUUGACGUAGAUUUAAAUUUAAGUAACUAUCCUCUCAAUAACUAUUCCAAUCAGAAUCAAAGUUCAAUAAAUGAAAUCAGGAAAAACUCGAUAGAAAGCAGAAAUUAAUUCAACUAGGGAUCUAACAUUACUCCUUCUAAUUCCUAGCCUUUUUAGCAUUUUAGGAGUAAAAGUAAAAACUUUUAUGCAAAAUUCAAGUCAAACCCAAAUGAGCAAAACAAUUUAUAACACUUAAAAAAGAAUAAUCCAGAAAAUGAAGAAUAAUAAAUAACAAACGAUAGAAAUAUUGAUGGCUUAAAGUUUUAAAAAAAUAAUCAACAGUUUGAGAAAAAGCAUGAGAAUAAUUAAACUUUAGACGAAAAAUAGUAAAAUAGCAAUCCUAAUAUGCAAAGCUUUAUAUAAAUUCCUAAUAAAUAAUAAAAAACUAGUUUGACAGAUAUUCAAAAUCCCAAUUUCAAAGAUCAAGAAACUGAAUAUUUAAAAAUUCCUUUUUAAUUUUCUGAAAAAACUAUAAACUCUGCCCAGUUUAAACCUAAGUAAAUCUAAGGUUUAACCAUUAAAAGCUCUGAUAGUAAAAUAAAUUAUGAUACCUAAAAAUAUCAAAAUUUAGAAAAAGAUAAAGCCAUAAUUAAUAAAGGCAGUAGCUCUAUAGAAAAUACUCAAAUUGAGGAUUUAGAAAUGAUCAAAUUCAAAGUUAAUCAAAGGCAUAUUUUCAUAUCAUUCUAGGUUGUGGACUAUUCUAAAAAUAAUCCAUCAUAAACUCACAGAAGUCCUUAAAAAAUAUAUUAAUAGAGUGAAAAUAUAGAUAUCAUCAAAGAUUAUUUUGUUUCAAAAUAAAAGGAUUAUAUUCUUUCAAAUAAGAAUGAAUAAAAGUAAGAACUCAACUCUCCAGAUAGUUCUGUGGAUGAUCUCUUCAACUAAUUAAAUGAUUCCAACGAUUCAAUUAAAAGGUGGGUAGACUAAUAGCAAAUUCUAUCAAAAAAUAAUCACUUAUAUGAAGAAAUCUGA